AUGCUAAAUUGGUUAUGGUAUAAUAAUUUAAAAUUAUUAUUUUUUGUGCUAUUUUUUAUUUCAAUAUUUAUAUUUUCAUUACAAAAUGAUAAUUUUGAUGAACCAAUUGCUAUUAUAGGAGGUGGUUUUGCUGGUAUUUCAGCAUUCAAUACAUUAAAAAAACAUGGUUAUAAAAAUGUUAAAAUUUUUGAAGGAUCAAAUAGAAUUGGUGGAAGAGUAUAUCCAUUUAAAUAUAAAGAUGGUUAUCUUCAAUUAGGAGCACAAUUUAUAAAUGGAAAAAAAAAUCCAAUAUAUAAAAUAGCUAAAAAAUUAAAUAUUAUUAAUGGUGUUGAGAAUGAUGAUGGUUUUAUUUAUAUGGGUGAUUAUAAAUUAGGAAAAUGUAAAUUAAGUAAUAACAUUAUAGAAACAUUUUCAAAAUUUAGUCAUACUUUAGAAAGAUAUUAUGAAAAAUUAAGUAGUAAUAAUAGUAUGAAUAAAAAAACUGUUGGUGAUAUGUUUAGUAAUGAUUAUAAAUUAUUUCUUUUAAAAGAAACAAAAAUAAGUGACAAAAUAGAAAAGAAAAAAUAUUAUGAUGCAUUGGCAAAAUUGUAUAAAAGUUAUUUUGAAACUGAAUGGUCAUCACCUAUAGAAAAACUUUCAUUAGUUAAUCUUGAUUUAUGGGAUGAUAAAGAAGAUGAAUUAAAAUCAUACACAUUAAAUAAUGUUGGUUUUAAAGCUAUAUUAGAUUAUUUAUCAGAAAAUAUAACUGAUAACGAUAUUAGUUAUAAUUCACGUAUCAUAAAUAUAGAUUAUAGUAAUUAUAAAAAAAUAUUAUUAACUCUUAGUAAUGGUAAAAUUAUAACAAACUUUUCAAAAAUAAUUGUAACUAUUCCAUUGGGGCAUUUAAAAAAAAAUGCAUAUUCUUUAUUUACACCAACAUUAAAUAAAAAAAGAAUGAGAGCUAUUAAUUCACUUGGCUUUGGUAAUAUGCAAAAAAUUUUUUUCCAAUAUGACAAACCAUUUUGGAAUGAGAAUACUAAAUGGAUACAUACGCUAUCUAUUGAUGGUUGUACUAAUACAAAUAUAUUUUCAAAAAUUUUUCAAUCAUUUCAACCAUUAGAAUGGAUGAAUAACAAUAUUUUGGUAGGAUGGAUUAGUGGUAAAGGUCCAAAUUUAAUAAAAAAUAUACCUGAUGAUAUAUUAAUUGAAAUUGUUACAAAUCAUUUUCAAGAUGCAUUUAAUAAUUAUUCAAUACCAAAACCAACAAAAAUAUUGCAAAAAUCAUGGGUUUCAGAUGAAUUAUAUUUAGGUUCUUAUACAUAUCAUACACCUGAAUCUACCUUAUUAAAUGAAGAUCCAAUUAAAACAAUAUCAAGACCAAUUUAUAAAAAUAAUAUACCUAUAAUAAUGUUUGCUGGUGAAGGAACACAUCCUUCAAUAUACCAAACAGUUAUUGGUGCCUACUUAAGUGGUCAACGUGAAGCAAAUAGAAUUUUUAAAUAUAGCCAUGUAUAA